AUUCGUGAUGGAAACGGGCAACCGGGCUGGAGCACACACAUUAUGGUUUUAUCAGGCUGCUCAUUCAUUCUCAGCUGCUGAAUGAGCAGCAGGGACACACCGGCACACGGUUUAUGAGAGGAAGCUCAAGGUCCCAGGUGCAGCCAUGCCCGUGUCCCUGCUGUGGGCAGUGGAUGUGUACGGCCGGGUCUACAGCCUGUCCACCGGCGGGCAGCAGUGGGAGCAGUGCCGCGACGCCCAGCUGGAGUUCAAGCGGGUGACGGCGGCUCAGCAGUGUUGCUGGGGCAUCGCCUGCGACCACAACAUCUACCUGAACGUCCACGCUUCCGACCUGCCUAUCCGCUACCAGGAGGAGACCUAUGAGAACCACCGGUGGAAUCCCGUGGAUGGUUUCUCGGAGCGGCUGUUGCCAAGCGACCGCUGGCAGUGGAGUGAUGUCACAGGUCUGCAGCACCAGCCACUGGACAGCUUCAUUCUUCCCUCCAAAAGCUGGGAGUGGGAGGCCGACUGGUAUGUGGAUGAAAACUUUGGAGGAGAGCCCACUGAGAAAGGGGGCUGGACCUACGCCAUCGACUUCCCUGCCACCUACACCAAAGACAAGAAGUGGAACUCCUGUGUCCGUCGCAGGCGAUGGAUCCGCUACAGGAGGUACAAGGCCAGGGACACCUGGGCUAAGAUCCCCUCGGAGCAGUCCGGUCUGCCGGAUCCCUUCAACGACAUCAGCUGUGGAGGCUGGGAGAUCAGUGAGGAGCCCAGGGGCCGGCUGUCACUGUGGGCCGUGUCUCUGCAGGGCAAGGUGUGGUUCAGAGAUGGCAUCUACCACCACAACCCUGAAGGCUCCAACUGGGAGGAGAUGUCUGUGCCGGGGGAGGUGGUCCAGAUCAGCUGUGGCCCAGGUGACCUGGUCUGGGCCGUGCUGUGGGAGGGGCAACUCAUCGUCAGGGAGGGCAUCGGUCGAGACUGUCCUCAAGGUACCUCCUGGGUUGUGGUGGACUCUCCCAGUCCGGAAGUGGGAGCCAUACAUGUAGGGGUGGGAGUCAACGUGGUCUGGGCCAUUACCAAGGACAACAAAGUUUGGUUCAGGCGCGGUGUGAACUCCCAUAAUCCCUGUGGCUCCGGAUGGAUCGGCAUGGUGGGAGAAAUGAUAAUGAUCAAUGUGGGACUCAAUGACCAGGUGUGGGCUAUUGGUUGUGAGGAUCGGGCAGUGUAUUUUCGACAGGGCGUGACCUCCAGUGAGCUCAGUGGAAAAGCCUGGAAGGUCAUCAGUGUCCCCCGAGAUGGAGACCGAUCCCAUUCCAGUGCCAGCGCAAGCAGUCUGCAGAGUGCUGGUUGUUUCUUCUCUGGUGAGGUGCGUGCUCAGUCGGUGGUGAGUGAUGUGGACUCAGACACAGAGAAAGAAAAAGGGUCUGCAGAAGGAGGCAGCGGCCUGGUUGCCUCCGCCUCCCCAGAAUCCUUUGCAGAUGCCCCCACAGAGCCCGCCUCUGAGGCGCCUAAACCCCGCAUCCCCAAGGUCACCAGUGACAGCUUCAUUUCUGAACUCGUCUCCGACCGAGAACCAGGGAAGAACACCUCUGCUGCACCAGCUAUCCUGGAGGAGGAGUCCAACCCUGCGGAGGGGGAGGUCCAGGAUCCACCCGCUGCUGGCAUCGCUCUGUCCCCCAGCCAGUCUGGUGGGCCUCUGGACCCUCAGUGGAGUAACGUGGACCUGGAGGAGGCUCAGAGCCAGCAGGCUGGGGCCGGAGCGGUGCUGGACUCCGCUGAUACCUGCAGCUUGUCGUCUGUGGCUACGUACACCCUGGCCCUGGAGGAGCCGUACGGGGCUGAUGAGCAUCCGCUGUGGGCGUGGGUCAACGGAGGGGGCUGCUCUGUGGACUGUCACUCCCAGCUCAACUGGUUCAGCUGCUCUAUGAACAGUUCAUCUUUGGCCCAGUCCGUCCAGUCCAUGAGUCUCUCCAUCACUCCCGCCCAGACAGCAGCUUGGCGGAAACAAAUUUUCGAGCAGCUCAGUGAGAGAUCCAAAAGAGAGAUGGAUAAUUUCAGACACUAUGAACAAGCCAUAGAGCAGUCUGUGUGGGUAAAGAAGGGGACGAUGCAGUGGUGGAGAGACUGGAAGCCUCACAAAUGGAUGGAUGUUCGUUUUGCCCUGGAGCAGUUUUCAGGGCCGGAGGGCAACAAGGACGGCAUCCUUUUCAUCUACUACAACUUCAAUGAGGAAAAGAAGUACCUGCAUGCCUUCAUCAACGAGGUGACCAUCCUGGUUCCUGUGUUAAAUGACUCGAAACACACUUUUGCCAUCUACACACCAGAGCGGACCAAACAGAGGUGGCCAAUCAGGCUGGCAGCAGCCACAGAGCUGGAGAUGCAUGACUGGCUGGCGUUGUUGAGUGUGUCAUGCUGUGACUCCAGGGGGAUCCAGGGUCCCCCGUCCAAACAGGCCAUCUGGUCCGUCACCUGCAAAGGGGACAUAUUUGUGAGCGAGCCCUCUCCGGGACUGGAGGCCAUGCCUUACCCCACGCCCUGUGACCAGAUGUUCUGGCGGCAGGUCGGGGGUCACCUCCGCGUGGUGGAGUGUAACAGCGUCGGGGUGGUGUGGGGGAUCGGCUACGACCACACCGCCUGGGUCUACACGGGCGGCUACGGCGGCGGCUUCUUCCAGGGACUGGCCAGCAGCACAGACAACAUUUACACCCAGACGGAUGUGAAGAGCAUUUACAUCUACGAGAACCAGAGGUGGAACCCGGUCACCGGCUACACCAACAGAGGUUUGCCCACAGACCGCUACAUGUGGAGUGACGCUUCAGGGCUGCAUGAGUGCACCAAGACUAACACCAAACCUCCCUCCCCUCACUGGACAUGGGUGUCUGAAUGGGCAGUUGACUACAGCGUCUCCGGAGGGACAGACAGGGAGGGCUGGCAAUACGCAGCUGAUUUUCCAGCCUCAUAUCACGGUUAUAAGACCUUGAAGGACUUUGUGCGUCGCAGGCGGUGGGCCAGGAAGUGUAAAUUGACCACCACAGGCCCCUGGCAGGAAGUCCCGCCCAUUCCGUUGAGUGACGUGACGAUUCUCCCGUGCACGGCUCAGAGCAGCGUGGAGGUGGUGCCUCUGUGGGCCAUCAGCAACAAGGGCGACGUGCUGUGUCGCCUGGGAGUCACCACGCUGACUCCCGCUGGUUCAUCCUGGCUCCAUGUGGGAACCGACCAGCCUUUCAAGUCCAUCUCCAUCGGGGCUGCCAACCAGGUUUGGGCCAUCGCUCGGGACGGUUCUGCCUUCUACAGGGGGUCUGUGUCUCCCCAGAGCCCAGCAGGAGACUGCUGGUUCCACAUCCCCUCCCCAUCCAAACAGAAGCUGAAGCAGGUGUCCGUCGGGAGGACGUCGGUCUACACUGUGGAUGAGAACGGCAACCUGUGGUACCGGCAGGGCGUGACCCCCAGCUACCCGCAGGGCUCGUCCUGGGAACACAUUUCCAAUAACGUACGCAAAGUCUCUGUCGGACCUCUGGAUCAGGUGUGGAUCAUAGCAGACAAGGUGCAGGGCAGCCACAGUCUGAGUUGUGGGACGGUGUGCCAUCGACUCGGAGUCCAGCCCAUGGAGCCCAAAGGACAGUCCUGGGACUACGGCAUAGGGGGUGGGUGGGAUCACAUCACAGUGAGAGGGAACUCCAUGGAGCCACCCCGGAUCCGCCUGCCCUCUCUGACUGACCCGUCUGCCCCAGCCCCUCGGAGCCCCCUCUCUGCGAGGAACAUGGAGGUCAAUGGCAAUGCUGUUAGAUGCUAAACACACACACACACACACAUCCACAGACACAAGAGCAGGAGUAUUUUUUUCAGCACACAUUUACAGACACGCCCACUCGUAGCCAUCCCAGCCUUUCAGUUGGUUUUCAGUCAACUUCCAUUUGAAAUCAUUCCCUCUGUUAACAAUAAAGUAGCACUGAUGAUAAUGUAACUCCAGAGACUGAAAAACAACCUUUGGACUUAGAACGCAUCAACUAUAAAUCACUGUAACAGAAGCUAGAUAUGUUUUUUCUUGUAAAGUAGGAUAUACUCCAAACAGUCUGUGGUAUCUUAAACCCUAAGCUGAGUCUCUGUCUGUCUCUCUAAAGACAACCUUGAGUCCUACACAUCAGUUUGUGACCUAAACUGUGUUCAUUUUACCAACAUUUUUAGCAGUCAUCUCCUCAGUGCGGAAUUUCUGUCAUUUUUUGCCACUAGUCUUUUUUUUUUUUUUCCACUGAUGGUCUUAAGACAUUUUUAAUUUAUUCAUAUUGAUGCAAUGUUUCUGUUUGUGUUGCUACUGUAUAUAUUGUAUGUGAAGUCAACUGUAGAAUUUUGUUAUGUGAUGAAGCGGGUGGGGGGCGAUUUUUUUUUUUUUUUUUUUUUUUAUCAUUUUUUAUCAUUUAUCAUCAUUAAUGAGCCUGUCAGUGAAAAAUUUAAUUUCCUGGAGGACGGUGGACUUGAAAGAUGGAUACUCUACGUGCUCUACUACUUGCAGCCUAGUAAACAACUAGACAGACUAAAAAUAUGCUACAUAAAUAUACUCUUGUUUUUUAACCUGCUGGCAACAGGUGAAGAGAUGUUGUAACAGCAGAAUUAACCUAGAUUGCCUCAGAUUUAUUUCUGGAGCCAAAAAUAAAUCAAUUACUCAACAUAGCAGCCAAGACAGUGUUUGAUCCAGGCCUUACUGGCUGUCCUUGUUGUCUGCUAAUCAGCCAUAAUACUGUACACUCUUGUACCUGCCGUGGACUGAUCUUUUAUAUGACAUUUUGAUGUUAUUUUCAGAAAUGUGUGUUAUUCUCAUGGACUAUGUGCAAUGAUUAGCAUUACCACUAUCCACAGGGGGUGAUGGCAAAGUGUUGGAUUACUUGCAUAAAUGUUGUGGUUGAAAUGCUAAAAAAAAUGGACCUUCCUUUUUCUCAGGAGAAUAUUAUUAUUAAAAAAAAAAAAAACACACACGCACACAAUUAACAUUUUGCAUGCUCUCGACUUCCUUUUGACUGAUGUUA